AUGUAUAUUUUACGCGUUGUACAUCGGGUGUGUGUACACGCACUUAUACACGCUGUUGUGCGCGCGCGCGCGUUACGCGGUGUAGCCGGGGAAAGACCGCGGGCCGAGGACGACAGCGGCUCGGCGGCGGUUCGGCUGUCGUUCGCGUGUCAGUACCGCAAGAGUCCGGGGACGCGGGUUUCGCGAGCGCGCGGCGGCCGCCGGGCGGGCGCGUACCUAACGACACGCGGCCCCGGCAAUGACAAAGGAACGGGAAUUAAACGAUCGGGCCGCGCCGAUCGCUCGGCAACAGCGCGGGCGCGUAACAACGACGCAGCGUCCGGCGUUGUCCCGCUCAUUUAUUUGUAUAAUAAUUUUAUGACGCGCGCGCCGCGGGAACGGAAACUCCGGCGAGCGUUUACGGCGGUUCGCGGCGGUUUUAUUCAUGCGCGACCGCCGUUUUCGGGACUCCGGAGAGACGUGAACGCUGCCGCGCGGCAGCGGUCGCCGAGACCGUCGUUCGACAUCCGCGGCGAAUACACGUGCGGUCGCCUAUGCCAUGUACGUAUAUAUACGGACGGGGGCUUGCGCGGACCUCACCGACACGGGGGGGGGCGGGGGAGUCGAGAACGGCGAGAGGGGAUGGCGGAGGAGGAGGAGGAGGAGGAGGAGGAGGAGGCCGCCGGGCCCGAUACGAAACCGAACGCUCCUUAUUAAGGCCGCCGGAGCCGGUUUCCCGAGUUUUCUCCGGUUUCGCGCAGUUUCGAAAACCGUGCGAGUACUGACGAACGCGUGAGUGCGCGUGAUCGGCGAAAUACGUUGCGCGAUUACGACCCGCCGGCCGGUGUAUUAUCCGCGGUUUACGUCGGCUCCGAAAGCUGCGAUUCGCUAACGAUCGAUUAACAUACGUACGCUGUAGACGAGAAAAAAAUUAAAACAAACAUAAACCGACAACCAGUAAACGUUUCGGCGAAUUCGCCAUUCGCGGUUAACGUUUUUUAGGCAUUGCGCUCUUCGAACAGUACUUAUACGGUCUACGAGGUCUGUAAAUAAAGUAAUGAGACUGAUAUCGUAGCUUUUUAUAUGAUAACACCAAUGACUUUCCGUUUGAAAAGGUUUGUAGAUAAACAUUUAAUGUACCUUCAGUACGAAUUUAAACUCCGUAGUGUCGCGUGUUGGUCUGUGACAAUUAUUUUCGUAAACCAAUUUUUUUUAGUACGUUCUGAAAAUGAGUGACAACAAUUUUGAGCAACGGUGUGCAAUCCGAUUUUUUGGAACAGAUUGAAAAUGACCCUUCUUUCUUAGAACGUGUCAUUACUGGAGACGAGUCUUGGAUUUUCGAGUAUGACCCGGAAACAAAGCGUCAGAGCCAAGAAUGGCACACAUCAGCUUCACCAAGGCAAAAAAAAGGAAGGAUGAGCAAGUCAAAAAUCAAAAGCAUGCUGAUUUGUUUCUUUGAUAGCUAGGGAAUAGUCCACAAGGAGUUUGUUCCUCAAGGCCAAACAGUCGACCAACAAUUUUAUAAAGAAGUUCUUGAAAAACUUCGAAAAAGGGUCAUUCGUGUGAGACCAAACAUCAAAAACACCUGGGUGCUGCAUCAUGACAAUGCGCUUUGACACAGCCAUUUCAAUCAACCAGUUUUUGGCAACCAAAAAUAUUCCUGUGGCCCCUCAACCCCCUUAUUCACCCGACUUGAGCCCUUGUGACUUNUCCAGUAACUGAGUUCCAGAACUGCUAUAAACAAUGGAAAGAUCGACUCCAGCGCUGUGUGGAUUCUCAGGGUAACUAUUUUGGAGGAGACAAUGUAAAGUAGUAAUUUUAGUUUAAUAAAAAUUUUUUAAAAAAUCAGUCUCAUUACUUUAUUUACAAACCUCGUACGUCAAUGCGUAUUUUUUGUGCACCAAGUAUGCAAAAAUUGCCCUUUUUUUUUGUAAUAAACCUUCAUAGUUGGCGACUGAAAAAAUAUUCUAUGACGAAUGCCGCCCGUUCUCGUGCGGUUACCGCAACAAAAACAACGCAUGGUGUGUGUUUAACCACCGCGGUGCCGUUGCGGCGCCGCAGCGGAAAAAAACGGACGUGUAUAUCGAGGCCUUAGAAACUAUUCAUCGGAUAUAAAUGUGUGAUACAUUCAAAUUUUCAGAAAAGGAACUUUUACAGAAUGGCUUUCUUAUAGAAUACUGAAUAAUAUACAGUAUCAUAAACAUAAAUAUAUUUAUUUGUUUCAGGUAGUCCAAGAGCUAGGCGAAAUAAUAAUUACUUUUCCAUAUGAUUUUUACCAUUGCAGUUUUAACCAUCAAUUUAAUCUUACUAAAUCCACUUAUUUUGCUACAAUGCAUUGGAUAGAGUAUGAUAAACGAACAAAACAGUGUAAAUGUCAAAAUGAAUUUUUGCAUGGAAAAAUUUGUAAAAAGAAUACAGCCUGAAAAGUAUAAAUGAUACUAUUUAUUAACGAAGUAAAUAAUUAUUACCAUUUACUGUAUUUUACUUCUGUAAACCUGUAGGUACUUGAACAAUAAUAUAUGUAUUAUUGCAGUCAUACUAUUUAUCACCUACUGAGCGCUGUGUGCUGGUGUGAAAACCAAUAUACGUGUUAUGCUUCACAUUAUCACGGUUCGUUUCGCAACCAUAUUAGCUGUGAUUAUUAAUAUACACAUAGUGAUAUAAAAUAUAAUAUUAUACAUUGGCGCCAUAUGUUAAACAGAGAUAGAUAUACCAAAAGUAUUCGCAGUCUCUUUUUAAUAUGCUCGCUCUGGCAACACUGUGUGGUGAGCGUUCCAGUUAUCGUAUAGUUUAAUGGAAAAAAGUAGUAUGUAAAUAUACUGUUUAAGAUAAGAAUUUAAAAAUAAACCAAAACAGUAAAUACCACUGUGUAUCGAUGUGUCAUAUGGUAAUUAUCUAUUCUUUAAAGAUUAGAAGAUAUACCAGCCACUCAGACUAAAAUCAAGGAAACGGCCUUGGAAGACAGCUAAAGACCUAAUAAGAUCAGGAUUUGAAACUAAAAAGUACUGGUGCGAUGAAUGGACUAACUCUACUAUACUAAUCAAAAACAAAAACCUAGUGCUAGACCCCAAUCAAGGAGUUAUGGGUAUGGAACUGCCUAGACAUGAGUGGUCUGUAACUAUAUCGUCUUCGAACAGGCCAUGGCCGUUGCGCUAAUAUGAUGUUUAAAUGGCGACUCCAAGACAGCCCAGCAUGCGACUGCGGCAACGAUAGACAAACUAUAAAUCACAUUAUAAAAGAAUGCCAGCUAAGGAAAUUCAACCGGGGCAUCGAAGGAAUCCACGUGAUAACACCGGUAGCAGUAAAGUGGAUAAGGGAACUGGACGUACACCUGUAA